AUGGUCCCCUCCGUGGCGCAGAAGUUCAUCGAGAAGGGCUACAAGAUCAUCGUCGAGGAGGGCGCUGGCAAGGGCAGCGGUGUGAGCGACGCGGCGUAUGCUGCGGUCGGGUGCACCGUGCUCCCGCGCGCCAAGGUGGUGGCCGAGUCCGAGCUGCUCUUCGCCAUCAACCCGGUGCCCACCGCCGAUCUCGGGGGCAUGAAAGGCAAGAUGCUCGUCGCCUGGGUGGGCCGCCGCCUGCCGGAGGGGGCCGAGUACGUGAAGGCGGCCACUGCGGCGGGCGUGACCCUGGUGGACACCACGUCGAUGGACGUGCUCUCGUCGCAGGCCAAGUGCGCCGGGCACCGCGCCGUGCUGGAGGGCGCCUACGCGUUCGAGCGCUUCUACCAGGGGGAGAUCACCGCGGCCGGCAAGUACCCCCCGUGCCACACGAUGGUGCUCGGCAUCGGCGUGGCCGGGCUCGCCGCCAUGGGGACCUCCAACGCGCUGGGCUCCGUCGUGCGGGCGUGGGACGUGCGCGACGUGAGCGACCAGGUCACUUCCAUGGGCGGCAAGUGGAUCAAGGUGGACUUCAAGGAGGACGGCGCUGGCGCCGGCGGCUAUGCCAAGGAGUCCAGCCCUGAGUUCCAGGCGGCACAGAAGGCGACCUUCCACAAGAACGCCAAGGAGGUGGAUAUCAUCAUCUCCACUGCUGCGAUCCCAGGGAGGAAAUCGCCAGUGCUGAUCGAAGACUACAUGGUGAAGGACAUGAAGCCUGGCAGCGUUAUCAUCGACCUGGCCGCCGCAGGUGGGGGCAACUGCUCGCUGACGAAGCCAGGAGAGAGCUACAAGACAGAAAACGGUGUCACCAUCAUCGGCUACACCGACCUUCCGGGCAGGAUGGGCCUGCAGGCAUCCUCCAUGUACGCCCAGAACAUGCUCAACAUGUCGAACCACAUCACGGGCAAGGGCGGCGCGGAGGCCUUCAUGCCAAACGUGAACUCGGCCCUCGGGGCUGAGGACGGCGACAUCAUCGUGAGGUCCAUCGUCUGCUGCAAGGACGGCAAGGAAGUGAUCGCGCCGCCGCCGCCCGACCCCACGCCGGUGAAGAAGAAGGUCGUCAAGGAGGCCAAGAAGGUGGAAGUCGUGGAUCCGGCCAAGGAGGCCAUGACCACGUCGCUGACCAUCAGCGGGGGCUCGGCGGCGCUGCUCGCCGCGAGCCUGGGCGGCGACCCAAGCUUCCUGGCCAUGCUCAACACCUUUGGCCUCGCCGGCGCGGCGGGCUACCAGGUCGUGUGGGGCGUGACCCACGCCCUGCACACGCCGCUCAUGGCCGUCACCAACGCCAUCAGCGGCCUCACCGCCGCGGGCGGCCUGAUGUGCAUGGGCGCGGGCGGCGGCGCCACAGCCCAGGGCCUGGCGUACGCGUCGGUGCUGAUCUCUUCCGUGAACAUCUCGGGCGGCUUCCUGGUCACCAAGCGGAUGCUGGACCUCUUCAGGACCACGCCGGGGGAGGAGGACCUCAUGCCGAAGUACCUGCUCCCGGCGGGCGUGCUCGCGGUGGCGCCGUGGGCCGCGCCCGCGGCGAUCCCGACCGUCGGCACCAUCUCUGGCCUGAUGUGCGUCGGAUCCAUCGGUGGCCUGGCCUCGCAGAAGACGGCUAGCCUGGGCUGCGCGAUGGGCAUCAGCGGCGUGACAGGCGCCAUGGCCAUGGCCCUGCACGGCGUGCCGAGCUCGGAGAUGAUGACCGCGCUGGCGCUCAUCGGCGGCGGCGGCGCCAUCGGCGGCGCCAUCGGCAAGGCUGGGCUGGUGCUGACGCUCCCUCCAGCAGGCCUUGCGGCGGUUGCCACUUGCCUGUCCAGCUACAUGAUCCACCCCCACGCCGGCGUCGGCCACAAGGUCGGCGCGAUGCUCGGCAACCUGAUCGGCGGCGUCACCUUCACCGGCAGCCUGGUCGCCUUCGGGAAGCUCAACGGCAACAUGUCCAGCAAGCCGCUCGCCCUGCCCAACAAGAACAUGCUCAACAUCGGCGCGCCCCUGGGGCGGCGCAGGCGCCCAGUGAUGGUCCUAGGCUGCUGGCCGUGCUGCCCGCCGCUGCGCACUGGGCCGGCGCGGAACGGCGCGCGCGGCACCGCGCGCCAGACGCCCCACGCGGUGCUGCUGCAGCAGGCCGGGCGCCGGGCGAUCGCAGUGGAGGCAUUCGUAGAGAAGGGUUUGGCCUCCGAGAAGGCGGAGGAACGCGCUCGUGCUCUGCGGGUCCUGUGCACGCAGAGCCCCACGCAUGCUGUGAGGCACGCUGCGCGAACGGUGCUCCUCCUCAGGGACCCCGCUUGGAACGUUCGCCACGCUGCCGUCGACGCGCUGGCGGGGUCCGAGCCAGGCCUUGCCUACGGGAUGUUGGCGGCGGUGCCCGGGCUGGCGGAGGCCAUCGGGCGCCUGCUCGACGAUGAGGACCCCGUCGUCCGCCUCAUCGCGGCAGCCGUGCUCUCGCGCUCGUGCGGGGCGCUGGGCCACGAGCGGGCCGCCGCGCUGCUCGACGACCGGGCUCUGGUGCUGAGCGCCGUGGCCAGGGGUGGCGAGUGCAUUCGGUACGCCUCCGCGGAGCUGAGGGGCGAUCGCGGCGUGGCCCUGCUGGCAGUCAGGCAGUGCGGCUCCGCCUUGCGGUACCUUCCCGAGGAGCUGCGGGCGGACCCGUCGUUGGUGGCGUGUGCAGUAGCCUCCCCUGGAGGAGGCCAGGCGGUGCAGAGGUACGCGGCCGCCGAAAUCCGGGAGUGCGCGUUCGUGCAGCAUGACCUCGAGGGGUAUGCACCUAUCCUGCGGCACUGGCGAUGCGCAGAGGAUGCCGCCUUUGGAGCCCGCGAUCCGUGCUGGACGGCGUACGCAGCGGGCAGGGCCAGGCUGGCCGCGGAGGUCCAGAAGCUGACCGAGGCGCUGCAGGCACCGACGUGCUCGGGCGGAGCGCUUGCGCUGCUCGACGCCCUCGGUUGCAGGAGACCCGAUGUGUUCGCGGGUCGGCAUCGACCUCAGGUUGUCGCGGCCGCCGUGCUCACCAAGAUCAAGCUGGGCCGCCGCCGGUUCCGCUGCGAGGACUUCGGCGCCGCCCUGGCGGCGUUCCUCGGGGAGCCGGAGUUCGGGCCGGCAGCCUCAGCGAAGCUGUUGCAGGCGGAGGUGUUCUUGUUGGGUGCUUUGCACGGCCGGGUGGCGUUGGCACCGGUGGUCGAUUGGGCCGACAUAUUCCUGGCGCGGUUGCUCGGUUCUGCGGCGUUGGUGCCCGAGCUGGCCGAUGAGGAGGCGGCCGAGCUGCCCCGACGGGCGCACGGCUCCCGGGAGCCGUCGCCGGGGAAGCCCGCCCUAUCGCUGUGCUCCGUGGCCACGACCGCAGAUGUCGAUGGUUGCUUCGACGAGCGCAGCGAGUGCAGCGACUGGUCCAGCGAGCCUUUUGCGCCGUCGUCCGACGGCGUCGGUGCGGAGGAGGACGUCGCCCUGGACCAUGUCUUAAGCGGCGGCGGAGCUUGGGACAACGUGGCCAAGCGGGUCCGGGAGCUGUGCGAGUGGAUGACGAUGAAGGUUGCCGCCUCGGCUGCCGCACCACCGAGGGCGCUGGCCGCGGCAGGCUUGGUGAUUGGCAUGUCCGAGUCAGGGCUGCUCUCCUUGGACGAGCUGUGGAAGGACGCUGGGGACCUGCAGGCCAUGGAGGAGCUGAGCGCACGAGUGGCCGAGACUUGUGGCCCGCGAGCAGUGCAAGCGCCCGGCGUGCGUGCGCGGGGCGCCGAGGCCGCCGUUCUGGCGGUCGGGUGCGACGGCCUCGGGCACCUGCGCACCGAGGUCGCGGCUGCCCUGGCCACUGCUGCCGCCGCGGCUGCGGGCGGCCCGACGGCCGAGGGGCCCGUGCCGGCGUAGGGCGUCCGUGCGCCUCGGGUACGGGCGAGUCCAAGCCACCUGAGGCGGGCCUGCGGCGAGGUCAACCCCACCGGGGCUUCACGCGAACGGCUCCCAGGAGUGGUCCUGGCUGGUCUCCCGGGCAGUCUCCACGCCUGCGGCACCCCCCGGGUGCGCGGAGCGCCGCAGGGUUGGGCUGCGGGGGCCGCACUGGAGUACCCCCUGGGCUGAGCGCAGCCGGUGCUCCUCCAGAAGAUGUCUUGAUCGCCAGACAGAGAUUGCAUUAGGGGCGUUUGUUAAGGAAUGCGCCCAGGAGGUUAGAACGUAGCAGGACAAUCGGGGAUCCGUGAGUUUCUUUUUCAAUUCGGAUAUUUUGGCGGAGCUACUUUUUAGAACGACUCGGUUCGAGGUCGUUGGUGCAUGUCUGCAUGGCAGACAUGUUCUAGUUUACGUCUGCUGAUAUUGGAAGGCACGUCGGCUCAUUACAGUGCAGUGGCAUCGGUGCCAUGUGCAUUUGUUCACUGGCCACCUCAGCAACAGUCUAAAGAGGUUAAUGCACAAUUUCGUCCUGAUCUUGCACGCGUUCCUUAUAUGGCGCGCUUGUGGGAUGCAGCCAUCGGCGACGCACCUUGUGCGUGCACACUACGGUACUGAAAUAAUUGCCUGUAAUUGUGCCGCAACCGCAGUCGAUAUCUGUCCCAUGUUUAGUCUCUCCUGACAUGGACCAACUCCCCCCCAGUGCAGCAUGUUAUGAUCCGAUUCCCUCCCCCACCUCUGCGCUGCCGUGUGAGGAAUGCCUCGCAGCUUUCGGUUCAUCCUGCCAGUGUGCCUGGGCCGACUGCCAGAAGGGGCC